GGCGGGGUGGCGGCCAUGCGGUGCCGGCCCGGCCGCGUCUCCGAUCCCCGGCUGAAGCAGCGCAUCAAGCAGUAUCUUGCAAGUAGUAAAUGUGGGCAGUAUGUUGACAUUGGAAUUCUAGCAUCUGAUUUGCAGAAAACCUACAGUGUAGAUUAUGGACGAAGAAAAAGAAAUGCCUUUAGAAUACAAGUUGCAAAAGUGUUUGAAAUAAUCAGUAAUGAAGAAGAACACAAAGAUUUGGCAGUUUUAGAAUCAGAACAUGUGUCAAAAAGAGCAAGACAACAAGAGAAAAAUGAGACUACUGGAAGUGGCACAGAUGACUCUGACUAUGAUGAUUAUCCAGAAGAUUUAUCUACAAAUCAGAUGAACAGUUCCCUGCUAAGCUUAUACAAGAAAGGAAAUCCUGAUUCUGUUCCACCCACUCCAAAAAAUGACCCAGUGGAGACGUCUCCUCGUGUGAGAACAGCACCUCAAACAAGCACCUUUGCGCCAGAAUCCAGAGGUGAAAGACGAAUCUCUGAUGGUGGCUGGUUCAUUGAUAAAACUCCUGAUGGGAAAGACUUCUUCAUUGACCUUUCUGAGGAUGGAGAAGGAGAGGAAACAAAGCUGAUUUCUGAGAAAUCAACAGAAUUUUCUGUCUUGGAGAGUGAAAGAAAGAAGACAAAGGGCAGGAGAGCAAAAAGAAAAAAAGGAGAAUUUCAAGAUGUAGAUGGAGAAAUUGAAUCCAUGUUACUUAAGAAAGUGAGAAAUAAGGGGUCAGAGCUUUACCACCCUUCAGUGAAGUUUGAAGAUGUUGGAGGCAAUGAUGAAACAUUAAAGGAAAUCUGCAAGAUGCUCCUUCACAUCCGUCAUCCUGAGGUCUACACCCACUUGGGAGUUGUUCCACCUCGGGGCUUUCUUUUACAUGGGCCACCAGGAUGUGGGAAGACACUGCUGGCACAGGCAAUUGCUGGGGAGCUUGAGCUCCCUAUGUUGAAGGUGGCAGCGACAGAGAUUGUGUCUGGAGUGUCAGGGGAAUCUGAGCAGAAACUGAGGGAACUGUUUGAGCAAGCUGUGUCUAGUGCUCCAUGUGUCCUUUUCAUUGACGAGAUCGAUGCGAUCACCCCAAAGAGAGAAGUCGCAUCGAAGGACAUGGAGCGGAGGAUUGUAGCUCAGUUCCUGACUUGUAUGGAUGACUUGAAUAAUGUGGCUGCCACUACCCAGGUCCUUGUUAUUGGAGCAACAAACAGACCUGACUCCCUGGACCCUGCACUGAGGAGAGCUGGGAGAUUUGACAGAGAAAUUUGUUUAGGGAUCCCAGAUGAAGGGGCAAGAGAGAAAAUUCUUCAGACUUUGUGUCGAAAACUGAAGCUCCCAGAGUCGUUUGAAUUCCGUCAUUUAGCACGGCUGACUCCGGGCUAUGUGGGGGCUGAUCUGAUGGCCCUGUGCCGUGAGGCAGCGGUGGGCACAGUCAACAGGGUCCUGAUAACAUCUGAGGAGCACGGCAGGAAGCACACACACUCUGCUGGGAACACAGUUGAAGGAAGCCCGGGAAUAGGAACGAAUGUCCUGGUGGAAGAGGGCACCAACCAACCAGAGCUUCCACCUAAGGAUGAAUUGCAGAGACUUUUGGAUUUACUGAAGGAGCAAGCCCCCUUGCCUGAGGAGCAGCUGCAGAAGCUGUGCAUUGAGAUGAAUGAUUUCAUUGUUGCACUGUCAUCCGUGCAGCCCUCUGCCAAGAGAGAAGGCUUUGUCACAAUUCCUGAUGUGACAUGGGCAGACAUCGGAGCCCUGGAGGAUGUUCGGGAGGAGCUGACUAUGGCAAUAUUGGCACCUGUGCGAAACCCAGAGCAGUUUAAAGCUCUGGGCCUGACUACUCCAGCUGGUGUCCUGCUUGCAGGUCCUCCAGGGUGUGGCAAAACACUAUUAGCUAAGGCGGUGGCAAACGAGUCUGGACUGAACUUCAUAUCUGUGAAAGGUCCUGAGCUGCUAAAUAUGUAUGUUGGUGAAAGUGAACGUGCUGUACGCCAGGUGUUCCAGCGUGCCAGGAAUUCAGCCCCCUGUGUUAUAUUCUUUGAUGAAGUUGAUGCUUUGUGUCCUCGGAGGUCUGACCGUGAAUCAGGAGCCAGUGUGCGGGUAGUGAACCAGCUUCUCACAGAGAUGGAUGGGCUGGAGAAUCGGCAGCAAGUUUUCAUUAUGGCUGCUACAAACAGGCCAGAUAUAAUUGACCCAGCAAUCCUGCGUCCUGGUAGGCUGGAUAAAACACUCUAUGUGGGUUUGCCACCACCUGAAGAUCGUCUUGCUAUUUUAAAGACCAUCACCAAAGGUGGCACCCGGCCUCCCCUAGAUAGUGAUGUGAGCCUAGAGGAAAUUGCUUACAGUCAGUACUGUGAUUGUUACACGGGGGCAGACCUUUCAGCUCUUGUGCGUGAGGCUUCCAUCUGUGCCCUGAGACAGGAAAUGGCCAUGAAGAAUACUCAAAGAGAAAUCAAGAUUUCUCGUAAACACUUUGAAGAAGCUUUUAGGAAAGUGAAGUCUUCAGUGUCCAAACAGGAUCAAAUAAUGUAUGAAGAACUGCAUCAGUCGCUAUGCAGGUGAUACAUUUGGACAAUUCCCAAAAGAGACUAACUCUACACUGGUGAAGAGUUCUGCAGUUCCUGUGCCUGUUUUCAAGAGGCAGGUUGGAAAGAAGCUGUACUAAAUCCAUCUCUCAAUGUUUUAAACUGCACCUGAAAAAAAAAACAUCACAACCUACUGCUCUAAAGCAUCCUUAACCAGAAUAAAAGAUACAAUACAUGCUUCCUUCUUAUAACCAUUUACAUUUUCUAAAUUAAUUCUCUUAGUGCUAAAAUGCUAAUACUAUUCUGACCUAUUUGGUGCCCUGAAUCAGAAAUCUCUGAGGCACAGGCUAACCCUUCCAAGUGUUUACACUGCUCAAAUAGCUGUUUUCAACCAUCACAGGAAAGUGCUGUGUUUUCCAGAACAAGGACACUGAAAGAAGCACGGGGAGAGGACAGAGCUGUGAAAGUAGGCUGGGCAAGUGCUGCACUGGAUGUUAUCACACCAUUAAUCAUGCAUUUCCCGAGUACAGUGACACAUGAUUGUGCCAGCACAGGUCCUCAGAGCUGCUAACAGCUUCAUUCCACCUUACCAAAAUAAACCACCCACAGAUGGCAAGCUGGGAGGGUUACCUAGUAGAGAGUAAAGUUUGGAAACUGGAGAAGUGCUAUGAUACUAUGAUUCAACCUAGGAAACAUUUGAAUUAAGACGUACUUAACAAGUUGGUUCUUAAUUAUUUUUCUUAAACAGGUAAAUUUUCAAAAUCAGGCAGUAUCCAAGUUAAGACAAAACACUGAAAAAUGACAGAUUACAAAACCUACAAGCCUUCAGGGAAAAACCCCAAUGAAGUAGUUUUUAUAAGCAACAUCUAAUCUGUAAGCAUCCCCCCACUACUUAUUUAAACACUUGAGAGAGAUCAUUUAAUCUCCUACUUGAAUUAAUUUAAACAAAUACCCUGAACAACAGAUCUGACUUGAAGACUGACCUUGACAGAGAAUAGUACAUCUUAAAUUCUUCUCAGAAUGGCCAGCUAACAAGAAGUCUUGCUGCACCUUUUUACCCUAAGGUAGAUGUUGAAGAUUAGCACACGUAACUUACCACCACAGACUUGCAUUUUAAAAAUACUGGGGCUCAUGGCAGUUUGUUCUUACCACUGAGAUUUUUGCUCAACAUGGGAUGACAUUCCCUCCCUUUCCUAGGGAAGCUAGAGCCUCAGUGACUCAAAUUCUGACUCAUAAGACUAACAAAUUAAGUCCCUGUAUAUAAAGCAGAUGAUGAUGUGCCUGCUUUUAAUUGUAAAUCAAGCUUGAAGCUUCAGCUAUGAUUCCCAGAAAUUCAAGAUGAAGCAUCAUCAUUUUCAAUCAAUACCAGCUUGGAAGGAAACCUCAGCGAUCACGUGGUUCAACCUUUCUUGGCAAAAAGCGCAGUGUAGACAUGAUGGCCCAGCACCCUGUCCAGGUAAAUCUUACAAGUGUCUGACAGUGGGGAAUCCACCACUUCCCUGGGGAGAUUUUUCACAAUGAGAACAGUCAACUAGUGGAGUAGUUUUCCUAAUUUCCAAUUGGAAUCAUCCCUUACCCCUCAUCUUUUCCAUGUCACUCUUGUAAAAAGGGAAUCUCCCUUCAUCUUCUUUGUAACCACCCCUGGAACAUGGUGUUAAGUUCUCUCCCUAAGCUGUAUUUUCGCUCAGUCUCAGCUCAUAACACUACAACAGUAUAAUAACAAUAAUAAUAAUGAUGAUACACUCAAUUCACUUGAGUGGCUGAGUGGACCAAUGAAAAGAGUAAGUGAUUUCUCCUUUAUGGAUAUACAGAGAAGAUUCCUGCUACCAUACUUGAGGAUAGCUGCAGAUGAUGAGCUUAGGCAGGAGGGGAGGCCUCAAGCCCUAGCAUAUCCACCUAGGAAUUUUCCUUUCCUUUUAUGAUGAUAUUCAUGUGUAUGUAUGGAUCAAGAAAGCAAAGUAGGACUUGCAAGGCAGAGGAAAUGCGAUCAGGAAGUAGCAAUGGCACUACAGUCUUAUCAAGAGUGCCAGCACAAAACAUGUUUAUUAUUUGAGGUGUCUCAUGAUCAUUCUUCAUAACAGGUAAUAAAGGAAGAGAAAGCGGGGUACAGGAGGGUUUGAAUGUACCAGAAAAUCUGAAGUUAAGGUGAAAGGCAGAAAGAGCCAGAUGAGUCUAGUGUCCAUAUCCUGUCUGCUCACUUUGUCUGGGCUCCACAUGCAGCAAGGAGCAGGCACGCCUGCUCACAUGUGAGUGUUGCACCCACACUGCUCCUUGUGGGAAGUUCUGCUUAGGCUGUAGUAUGUAUCACUAAAUAAACUAUGAUCCUUUGUACACAGAAGAUGGGAACUGCUUUAAGGAAUGAGCCUUUUCACCCAAUAGAGACAAAUAUUUUUUUCUGCAUAUACAGCUACCACUCCUCGUAGCAGACAUGCCUCGAGGUUUUGCCUCCAGUCAUCUUCUUUCUGUUGUGACAAGAUCAAGAAAUUGUUCGUCAUGCCAUUCUCCUCUCCCUUUUCCUGAGGCUAACAACAUAUUGAAACCACAAGAAUGAUCUUGUCCCAGAGUAUAGCAGAUACUAACUUCAGCAUGGAUAGGGGGCAGAGGCAGUGCUGAGAACUGUCAAAAAGAGAAAAGAAAAAUGCUGUCUUCAUUCUUGGCUCAAUAGGAAUUUUUUUUCCACAUCUUUGUUGUGGCUAAAGGCUUGUAUCCCACUUCAGGUUUGAUUGUGAAAUAGAGGAUUUGCUAGAGGAAAGAUAGUUGCAUGGAGUUGCAGGUUGCUGUGUAAAGGCAGAUCCACAUGAUUCAGACACACCUAUUUAUCACAUUGUUUUCCUAGGACCUUGCAAAAGCAAUGUUGGCAGACCCAGAAGUGGCUCCUGUGCCUUGCAAUGUGCAAGCUAAACAGCAGAACUUGCUUUGCUGCAAGUCUUUUGAGACUUACAAAUUACAGAGGAGUACAGUUUCCAAAAGCUGUGCCAAACUACUUACACAAGGUUGCUGCUUCAAAGUCACUUUCCUCCUCUUAGUCCAGCAGGAGUAGGGCAGCCUGCAGUGUGUAGCAUUGAUGUUAUCACCUGUUGAACCUCAUCAUUAAAUAAGGAAUGAACUGCUUUGGCUGCUACGGUAUGCCACUUCAUCUGAUGGAAGAAAUAAAUGUCAUGGAGGCAGAGGUGAGCCACUGACCUCAGCCUCUGACAGUGGCCACUUACCAUGAACAGCUCCACAACUCAAUACCCAGAGACCUUUGUCUUAUGUGUUCACUUAACGAGCUCACCAGAACAGUUCCGAGACAUGCAACUGGAAGUCUCAACUGACCUCUGGUUCCAGGGAGGAAGCCCUGCCCUGGGUCUGAAACAUGGAGCUCUACAACCAGACAGAUGCAUCCACUUAGCACAUUAAUGUUGGGAAGCAGACAGGUUCAACAGCAAAUCGGGAAUGCCAGAGGCAAGGGUUGUUCUGAAGGAGGAGCAUACCCACGCCUGUCCUGUGAGAAAACUAAUGCCUAGUACAAUCAGAUUCCAGGAUGCAUUACUUACUCUGCUUAAGGAGCUCCAGAUAAUUGGGGGCAGGGAGUGUUAAAAGCCAUGAAAGGAAAUUUAUUCUGAAAACUGCAGGUUAUUCUAAAAGCAAUGAGGGGGAUUCAGAGCUCUGCACAAUUCCACUGCAACUAAAAUACUUGGGUGAUAGUUAAAAUUCCUGACUGAUUUCACAUAAAGAUGUUUUACAAACUGACAAACUGAAAGCAACAAACCCUAAUAAACAUGUAGAAACACCAAAGUUAACUCAUUCCAUCUGAAUAGAUUUAGAAAAACAAUUGGGUUAACUGUCAGGGUUCAUAAUGCUCUUUAGGUUUAGUUUGUUCUUCACCAGUAAGUCAAAGCUCCCUCCAACUUUCAGAUAAAAUGUUUCAAAAAUUAUAAUUAACCCCUUUCUGCCAGAUAAGUUUUCACUGUAUUAAUGAAAACUAUUUAGUUCCUUAAAACAGUAACUUAAUGGUUCAUAUGUGUUUUUUUAAAAAAAAGUUAAUGUUUCAUAUUUCUAUGUCACAUGCCUUUGGAGCAGACAUCAAUGCUUUCUCCAGUCAUACUUAAAUUCAUUUUGAUUUAGAAUAUAUCAAGUCAAGUAGGGCCAGCUGGUGUUACUUUUACCACGGGUUCAGAAAUGCUUCUAACUUUUUUAGGGAUGAAACUAUGCUGAGUACCUUUCAAAUGAUCUGCUUUUAUCAGUUCUUAUUAUUUAUGCUAGCUGCUAAAGCUUUUUAUGUAUUGCAUAAGAAUUAUAUGCCUAAAAAGGGUUGCUACCAAUACUUGGAAGAAUCAGACCAUUGUUUAGAUCCAAACAAAUCUCACUGGCUCCGAUUAACCUAAUACAGCAAAUUGUUUUCCAACAGGUAGCCAGGAGCAGUGUUUCAGAAAGAUUAUGGCAAGCAAAGAUAUCUCCCCCAGAAUUUCCCACUAUUCAGUAGCUCUUGAAGUGAAAAUAACAUAUUUAUAAUUAGAGUUGGAAGGGAAAAUGAUAGUCAGAACACCUUACAGCAACACUUGCAAUUCUAGACAAGAAAGAUGGCAACUUCAGCCCUGUUUAAAAGCAGGAAUUCCAUUAGGUAGGUAGCUAACUAUGAUACAUAGUAUAGUAGGUAUAAAAUUUUUACUCUGAAGUCUGCUUAUAUUCAUGUGGGAUAACUGAGUAUCUUAACUUUAGCUCUUAGCCAUAAAACUUUGUAGACACUUUCCAUCCUUCAUCCAGCUGUGAUAAAUCAUCAACACCAAAGAUAAUUUAAGAAACAGAGUGAUAUUAAGUGGCUCAAAAAGAAUCUGGUUUGCAACUUCUCGAGCCUUUACAAGUAUUUCAAUCCAAGUUAGUUUUCCUCUGAGUAGGGAGGAAAGGGAGUUAGUUAUUCUUUACAGGUCAUCUAUAUCACCACAUAAUAGAAAAAUCUCAAAUCUGCUUUAGAAAUACCAAAUUUCUCUUAAGUCCUUCAGUAUAAGAGGACCAAUCAAAAAUUCAUCCAAUAUUACUUUAAUCUUUGCUUUUUAAUUACAUGUAAAAAUACUGGACAAAGUCUAUUUUGACAUUAUCCUUCACCCUGAGCAACACACUGGCUAUCUUGCAGGUUAUGAGCAUAAUGAAGUCACUCUGUAGAUGGCUGGCAGACUUUCAUACCACUUCUGUUGCUUAGCCAAGAUAAGGGCCCACACUUAAAACACGCAUUAAAACAGCACCACAGUCGAGACCGAGUUAAGAUGUACCAGUACAAUCUUUUCAGGCACUCACUUUUUCAAAACAAGUAACAAACACCCCCAAAAACCACGCCAAAAUACAGGUGUUGAAGGCAUGUGAAAUUUAGUUACAGCAGCUGCAACUGCCACCUUCCUCAGCUUCCAUCUUUCAGAUUAAUGAAGAACAUACUACAGAGCCACCAUUUGAGAUUUAAGGGUGAGUUAUAGCCAGUUUUGACUGCAUAAAGCCAUCAAUAAUGCAUUAGAGGGUACAAGGCAAAUAUAAUGUGCUGAGGUAUGGAAAGGUUUUUUACUGUCCAGCAAGUCUACCUGUUCCCAAUGAAAAAUUUCCUAAGCAGGAAGUUUGAUAUCACCACCUCUCACCACAUUUUAAU